AUGGACGCAUACGAGAUGCAAAGCAGCAAGCGGAUGUUGAAUGUGCAGACACUCCUAACUGCAACGUCAGUGCCUCGCUGCUAUGUUAUCCUGCUCUUGGGAGCAUUAGCACCGACGUAUCAGGACCUCGCGCCACUCUUGUUGUCUGGACAAUAUGCCCAUUCGCUGCUCAUUGUGGUCACGCACGAGCCACCUGACAUCCCUCACAUUGUCAUCCCAGCGGUUCGCAUCUUGCAUCUGUCCUAUCCAUUGGUCGAGCGCAGAGGAAACGCUUCACGCCUUGUCGCUGCUCUUGAUUGGGCAGCGCAGAUCGCCCACGACUGGCGGAAGUAUGGCGGUUCAGGAGUAUCCGAGCUCGUCGAGGACGUCAGUGGCGAGCCCCAUCCCUCAACUUUCAACGGCCGGCAUGGUGGUCUCGACUGCUCGUCCGCGUGGCGUGCCCCCACACGUUACAGCACAUCCAGGCUGGCAGGUCGAUCCACGAGAGCAUUCGACGUCCUCAUCAACCUCCUCCCUGAUGAAGACGCCGACGACAUUCUGCUCCGCCAAACCAUUCUGGCCACGGCCAUAAGCCGGCCGUAUCUCACCCCUCCAGCUCCGCUCGGACCUCGGUACAACGACCUAUUCGGCAAGUGCAAAUUGAGGUUCUCUUCUGCUCGCAAGUCAAGCGGCAGAAGCCAGUCGGUCGACAUUCCUCGCACACAUCUGGGAGAUCUCUUCACCUCGGCAGCGCUGUCUGGCCCCGUCGCACCCGCUGGGACGCCGCAUCUGAUCCACCUCCUUCCACGCGCCACCGCCAGAUAUCCACGGAAGACCUUACAGCUCGUCGAGAGCAUGGAAGCAUUCCUCUCCGCAUUCGCAUGUUGCAUCGCGAACGAGGCGGCACGGUGUUGCGGGCACAAUGCGGCGGACGCAAAUGUGAGCUCAUACAUCAUGUACUCGUCCACGUUUGGGACAGCACUCGACUGCGCUCUUUCGCCGCCCGCGGUAGAAUCCACAGCCAGACUGACCAGCGACCCGUGGGGUUGUGAGUGGACAGUGGCAGAUGCUGUUCUAUCUGGGGCCUUGGAUAGUGCCGAGUAUGCACCUGGUGAUGCCGGGCGAGCCAUGGACUGGCGUAACUGGGUCUCGGGCACAGAAGAAAUUGUCCUAGGGCCCAUCGGUGCCCAAGAUGCGGGUCGACCAGCGCUGGAUAUACCUGCUGCCUGCAGACCUGGAAACAGCGUGUCCGCCAGUGAAUUCGUCCCGACAGACAUACAGCAGGUCAGCGCUCAACUUGAAGUACAAAAGGAGAAACCGGAGAGCGUGUACUCACAGUACUCAGCGUCCUAUGCACAUUCACUUAUCCGCCCCUCAUCUCCAACGUUCAGCGUUGCAGUCUCGAGUAGCGUGGAGGAGGCAAUGGCUUUGCGCCCAUCCAACCCUACCUCAAAGAUUGAGGCAGCGAGUGCGACGAUAGCAGAAGGGAAGACCGACGUACGCGCUCCUCUUCAGCAUCACUUGUCACUCAAACGCGUCCGGACUGCUAUUCCUGCGUUCAAGCAGCCCAGUGCGUGGCGAUUUGGGAGGAAGGGAAAGGUGAUUACGACAGAGAAGACUUCUGGCAAAGAGAGUACGUAA